GAUUCACUGAGGCUUGGAAUCGCAUGAAAAUCUUCACGGAUGAAGAAGUUAUGAAUUUUCCAAACCGGAGGUUCUUCAGUCCAACUAUCCGCGAGUACCAGAUUUCUAAAGGAGAUUCAUGCCCCAGAAAGAAUCGACCUGAGCCAAAACCGAUCCUCAAUGAACCAAAGGUGUUUCCUCAGUCAACCUCCUGGCCAAACCAAAAGCACUGUAAGGAUCAUGGGUUGAUUAUCUCUGCUCAUCAUGAAUAUGUUUUAAAACCGAGAAUUUCUAAACGAAAUCACAUCUUUACUUGGUUGAAAAACGUUUUGUUUAAAACUUUCCAUGAAUUGUGUUCAUUGAGCUGUGCUUUGAAAGAGAUUUGGUUUAGGAAAAGGCAUGAACCAAAAUUUCUUAGGCCAAAGAAUCAAUUUGAUUUCAUUCAUGAUAAGAAUUUUUCAGAUUUGGCAUUGACUCUUUGUUUUCCUGACCGUUUCUCAGCUUGGCCUAAUUUUAAAAUUGAUAAACCAAAUUUUGGCGAUCAGCUUACUUGUUUGAGUCUUGCCCACGUUCUUGAUGAUUAUCCUAAGGGCUUGGAUCCUGAUCUUGAUGUCCUAAAGAUAGAGAAACCCUUUGAUUAUUUCUUUCGCAGAUUUGAUGUGGUUUCUCUAGUUGUUUUGAAUGAACAGGAUAAGCAUGAUCAGUUUCCAAGGAGAGCAAGUUCUGGAGAAUGCCUAAGGACUUAUGUUCUUCGAACAUGGAACUGGAAAUACUUGAGGGAAGCAAGUUCAAAACUCCAAGAAAGUUUCUGUCCAAAAUUUUCCUUCUCUGAAUUUUACAUGAUUUUAAAAUUCUUUUUGUCUGAUUCAUUUUCUUUUGAUUCAGGUAAAAUUGAUUUGAGGUCAAAUCCUUUUGAAGAGGGAGGGAAUGAUGUGCCAUGGGGUAGCGCACCGGGCAAAACAGACAUGCAUGGUUUGAUCAUUGGAAGCAGUAAUGAUAUAUGUUCAUUGUUUGACUCAUAUCUGCUAAACCACGAGGCUUCUACACAUGAAAACACUUGGAGAAUGUUCUAAACUCAAUUACGGAGCUCCUCAAAGAAGAAUCAGAUCAAACGGAGUUCAUAUGUGAUAGUUAUGCUAUUUACAAAUCAGGUGAUCUUCAGUUCUCGCGAAUUCAGACCACCCGAGAAGCUCGAAAUGGCUAACCUUCUUUCUGAUGAACCAACGGUCAAUUCAAUCAUGCCAAAGGUGACUAUUCAUGUUCUAAAUGUCCAAAAAAGCAUUGGGCUUGAUGGUUUUUAAAAAGAUUCAAAAACGAGCUUGUUUAGCCCAAAUGGAGAAACCGAUAAAAUAUUGGCUAAGAGAAAAGAUGGAUUUCGACCAGGCCUCAAAGGGACAUGUCUUGGCCCAUAUCAGGAGUAUAUUCUUCACCUUUCAAAGUCCUGGUCGUGGCUAUAUGAAGAGGUAGUCCAAGUUUCAGUCAAAGACUUUAUUUAGUCAAGUCUUUGUUUCUAUUUCCAAUGUCUUGUUUUUAGUACAUUCUUCUUUGGAUCUCUACAAUUUGUAAUCCUAUAAAUAAGGCCUUAGAGCCACGAAAUAAGACAGAUUGUUUUCCCCUUUUGUUGAGUUAAAACUCUUUGUUCUUUGUAGAACUUGUUCUUAGUUUCUUGGUGAGGUUAUCUCCAAGUUUCGAUCCUUCUUUUGUUGGACCGGUGCGUCACAUCCGGCAACGAUCGAAGUCUGGUAGUAUCUUUGGGCUAUUCCGCAACCCUUAGUGUCACCCCUCGAUCCAUCAGUUCUCAAUCCUCUCGGAUCUGAGUUCAUAUCAACCUUACCGAAGAGUGAUCCUUAUUUUGGUUCUAUCACUCUCUACACUCGGUUCAAGAGGUAAUCUGCGCUGUCGAGGAAUUAGAACCGGGAGAAUUACCAUCUCAGUAGCCAGAUCCGCCGACAAAACGAACACUUCCCACCUCAUCGAUACAAACCCUAGAGGUUUCAAUAGUUGACUUGCAGUUUCCGACUGUUCCACCGUCCUCUAGUAAAGCGACCACUGUCGACUCACGAACCAGCAAAACCUCUGCGAUUCUCUUAGGGAUCUGUGGCAACAAGGAUCCACUUGACUCAAAAGAGAAAGAGAGGCAUCACCAAUGCCUCCAUCGUCUCCCUCAAAAGCUCAGAUGCCGAAGAAAGAGAGGCAUCACCAAUGCAAUUAAUAUAUUUAAAUAUUCAAAUUGUGAUUCAGAUAGGAAUCAAGAAACAUACCGUAAGUCUUGAGCAUAUGCGAGGGAAAAGGCAAUACACGUGGGAUGAUAUCAUCAGUUACUUUGAUGGGUUUGGACCUUGCCUCCAUUAACGUGCUAUGGUCCCUUUUUAUAUCUCCG